UUCUGGGAAUCAACACAUUUACAUGAAACCAAACCAAAGCAGAACCGUGCUGUGUUUGUUUUCACUCGGGUUAGUUUGCUGAAACACCAGAGCCUUGAAGGAGAAGUGGGAGCUUUGGUUGGGCUCUGGCCAUACUCCAUAAUACGCCUGCUGUUUGUGCGAUAAGGCCAUAAUUUUCAGUAUGUUGUUGGUUAAGAGCUCAAGGAUGUCUGGUGUUGAGUUCCCAGAGUCCCUGAAGAGGCCAGAGGAUAACCUAUAACUGAACGGGUGAAAAGGAAGAUUAGAGGAACAAUUCUUACAUUCCUGUGUUUCUUCAUCCAGACACAGCAUCAUGUCUGCAACAUUCAACUGUGUCUGUCUCUGCUGGAUUUCUGUGUCCCUCCUACAUGAAUUUGAAGCUCUUACUUCUAAUAUUUCAACACAGAAUCAGCUUUCAAACCCUCAAGAACAGGAGGAUUCACGUUUGGAUUUACCAUUUCUUUUCCUGAGAGCUAGUCUCCUGUCCUCGCAGCCAAUGCGUCCAUAUUCUCUGCUGACAAACAUGGAGGAUUAUCAGGACAUGCCCAAACCCAGACACCGCCGGCCCUCUCUCCUCCUGCGUCUUCUUGGAUGUUCUUUCGACCCGUUCUGGACGUCUGUAGAGAAGCCACCUGAGGCCUCAGAGGGUGACGGUGAUAUGCCGCUUUCGCACCAUGGUGACAAGCCGUCUGGCAAAUUACCCUCUAGCCUGAAUCCUCCUCCAGAGCUGAAAGAUGCUGCAGCAAACCAUCACCAAAAGCUGGAGAAGGAAGCUGCAGAUCUCGACUUUGGUCCUCUCCCUCCAGAUGUCGCCAGUUCGAUUCGAUCUUGGCUGCUGAGCUCGGCCACGUGUGAACUAACCUACCAGUGGAAGGACCUGGGCCCAGUUUUCUGGCCUCGCUGGCUGCGGCAGACAGACUGCGAAAGAUCGGACCGAGUGCGAAGUUGCUCCUUUCCCAGUGGAAUGGAGUGUGUGACGGCUCAGACAGCACACAUAAAGAUUCUGGCUUGGCACUGCCUGGAGAUCAGAGACGGAGGUGACAGAUCUAGAAAGAUUAAGAGGCACGACGGCAGCACAGAAAUGGGAACGAGUGAAGCGAUGAAGAGUUGUUUAUGGAGGAAACUGUCUUAUCCUGUGGUGACAGCAUGUACAUGUUCAUGUAAAUGAAUGUUUCUCUCAGCACCUCAGAUUUUCAAUCCUCAACAGCUGCAGCUCGGUUUAAAUACAAUAAUAAUAAUAAUACAUUUUAUUUGUAUAGCGCUUUUAAAAGGUACUUAACAGUGACAGUAAAAACAAUAAUUUUUUAUGUUGCUAUUGAGGCACCUUUUUUAAGUGAGACAUUGCAUGUUUUGUACAUGGCUUUCAGCAAAAUAUAAUCAAUGGAAUUUUUUCUCAGCAACAUCACUUGGCAACCAGACAACCAAUGAUUGGACAAUGUAACCCCCAUCCGUAGUUUAUUGUUUUAUUUCUAUUUGCAUGUGGGCUGUAUACUUUCAAAGUCAGUAGCAAUCAUUUACAAAUCUGGUGAUACAUUACUUCAUCAUGCAGAUUGUAUUACUGCAGAAAACAGCCAUACGUAUUAUCAAGGCAAGUUAUUAUAAUCACACAAAUUAACUUAUGAUAUUUUUCAAUUCAGGAGAGUAAAUAUGAUUUAAGAGAUUUUGGUUUGUGUUUCAGUUGUUGGGGUUAGACUGUGGAACAACGCAAAUGUAAACUUUAAUAUGUGUAACUUGAUAUUUGUUUUUUAAAAAAAAGGUCUGUGAAGAUAUUUUUGUGUGAGCUAUCUGUUUGUUUUGCUUUGUUUAUAUCUGGAUGAUGAAUUGGAUGAACAGUAAUGCAGGACAGGCAAAUAUAAGCAUCAUGCAUUUUCAGUCACUUUUCACAUAGAAUGUUGAAUAUGUGUUUACUCUAAUGUUUUCAUGACUGAAUAAAAAGAUACUCUGCUGUAUAUACAUGUAUACU